AUGGCAACACAACCGUUCAUCUCGGAGCUUAUGGAUCAAUACCUGAUGGACUACUAUAACAACUUGUAUCCGACCAAAUUGUUCAUAAAAUGGUUGAGUUAUAACAAAUGUAAGUUGUCAAAUUUUAUUUUCUUUGAUUUUUAGGUACUUGUUUUGGUUUUUGGAUGAUACUUUUUGACAGAGAAGGGAUUUUAUGAAGUUAACAUAGGUAGAUGGAGACUUUUGGAAAAGUGAGGUUAAGACUAGGUUAAUACUGUCUGACUCUUCUGAAACUGUUGAAAUAGACUCUGGAUUGUGUUUGAGGUUUCAAGUUUGAUUUAGCUGUUAUAGAGUUUUAAAUUAUAUUAAAAAAUUUGAUUUCAAUAUGUUAACCUAUAUCUGAUAGAUACUUUUGAGGAAAUUGAAGCACAGCUGCUCUGAAUGUUUCUUAUUUGAUCUGAAACUGUAAAAAACAUGCUUUAGAGUAUUUCAAACUUUUUUACUAGACUUCAAUUUAAAAUUACGUUUUAAUAGAUUUAAAAAUGACAUUUCAGCAGCGAAGGAAGCGAUGAACAAGAGAGAAAUUGGAUUUAGUUUUAAAGGUGGUGCCAUGCUCCGAUACCAAUCAUUCAGUGAGCCAAAUGAGUUUACACGUACUUUAUGUACUAAACUACCACAUAAGAUUGAAAUUGGGCCGGUUUACAAUCAUCCAGUAAGUAUUUUAUUUUAUUCUUCUGGUUUUAGGUGCAAAUCUUGUAUUGGUUGAUAAACUGAAGGAUUAGAAGCUUUAUGUUGCUGGGAGGCUUGAUAAAAAGUUAGCUUAAUGUUUGUAGAAGCUUGAAAAACUUGUUAUCACUUUAUUUUGUAGGUAUCUGAACGACUAAAGCUUGAGCCAGGAGCGAUGAAGGCUGUUGAACGUGAACUUAUUUUUGAUAUCGAUUUGACUGAUUACGACGAUGUUCGAAACUGUUGUAAAGACGCCAAAAUAUGUCAAAAGUGUUGGUUGUUCAUGACAAUAGCGGCCAAAGUCCUACAACGCAUAUUGAUUGAACAUUUCGGCUUCACCAACUUGUUGUUCGUCUUCUCUGGUCGACGUGGUAUUCAUGUGUGGUGUGCGGAUCCAGCAGCUCGAGGACUAGCUGAUGGUGAUCGAAGAGCAAUCCGUGACUAUUUCAAUGUUAACGACCUGAAGAAUACGUUUAGAAAUGGCAAGAUUCACAUGAUGAUCAGGGAUUCUUGUCGGACCAUCAUGGAUUCACCAGAAACAGAGGAAUUGGUUGAUGAACAAGGCUGGAUGGAUGAUGAUUAUUUGUUGAAUAUAUGGUUGAAAAAGUGCGAGGAUAAAGCUACUGUCAAGCAUGUUACUACGUUGUUUAAAAAGUAAGGAAUUUUGGGGGAAAAUUUAUAUUGUGGUAGGUGACUGGUUGAAAGAAAGUGUUUUUUGAGUUUAAAGUUAAGUUAUAUGACAAUUGUUGAUUUUAAUAGGAAGAAUAUAGUCUAUUUUAUGGUUUGUUUAAACAAUGUAUGAAGAAAUUAUGUUUAAAAUAAGUAACAACGUUUUUCGUAUAUUAUAGUAGGUAUCUUCGGAGCUUUGAUGAAAAUAUGAUUUUUGUUGACUAACUUAAAGAUUAUUUUUGAACAGGGGUUUAAUACGUUAACAAUAGUUUGAUUCACAUAUUCCUUAAAUUUUAUUUAAAAAUUUUGCCUGUAAACAAAGUUAUUGCGUUUUUUCAGGCUCUUCACCUCAGCAGAUCGCUUCAAAUGCCUAAAACAAAUGUGUGAUCCCGAAUCUCAUGCUGAAUCCGGAACAAAGUUAGCAGCACCUUCAUACGAAGCUACGAAAUGGUUUUACACGUUCUUACUUCAUCACAUGCAUCCACGACUCGAUGAACAAGUGACACUUCAGGUCAAUCACUUGCUUAAGUCUCCGUUUUGUGUUCAUCCCGGAACAGGACUAGUAUCGGUGCCAUUCAAGGUUGAAGGGUCUCACGAGGUUCAGGUUGAGCAGUUCCCAAGGGUUGAGUAAGUGUUUUGGUGGUUUUUUGGGAUGUGCUGGGUUUUGGAUAUUGUAGUAGGUGCUUGGUUGUUAAUGUUGAUAUAGGUAAUAUUGUUGAUUAAAGAAGAAAAUUUUAGUUUGUAGCAGUGGAGAAAAGCCUAGAAAUGUAUUUUUAGAUUAGAUUGAUGAAUAUUUUUGCUGAAUUUUGAUUUAUUGGGAAAUUAUAUUGUGUAGGUAUAGGUGUUGGGAAAAUCUUUGUAUUUAGGAAAAUAUUGAUCAAUCCUUUAUAGUUUAUAUAUUUUUACGUAACAAAAAGAAUUGUUUUUAAAUUUUAAAAGCAAAUUUAAAAAAUUUUUGUUGUAAACAAAGUUAUUGCGAUUUUUUCUAAAAAAGCUUGAAAAUUGGCCAUUUUUCAUGGUUUUUUAAAGAAAAAAAGUUUGUAAACUAACAUACAGCAAGAAAAUGAAUAUAUUGUUUAGAAUGUUGUAAAGAAAGUUCUUGCGGUUAAUUUCAUUCCAAUUUUAGUACAUUGGUUCAAGAGGUAAAGAAUGAAAAGGCAUCGAAAGAAGAAGGCAACGAGGACAAGGAGAACAACAGAAAAAUACUUUGUAGGUCAUUUUUGGCGUUUUUUAAAUGAGAAUGCCAUUUUAGAUAACAUUUUACAAUAACCCUUGAUCUGGAGGUUCUAUCUUGGCUUAAACUUGAAUAUCAACCUAGAUUUUAGGUAAUAAUUUGACAUUUUUAGACUACAAACGCACUUCUCUAGCCCCUUACAUUGAAAUCUUUGAAGAAUUUAUCGAAAAAGCAUUGCAAGCUUCCGAUACCAACAAGAUGUUGAAUUAA